GAUUUGAUCAAUGGUGUCUAAUAAAUUUUUAUUCGCAAUAAUUCUAUUAUAUGUGUAUAUAGGUGUACAGUCAUUAUUUUACUUUUUUGGCGGCGUCGUUUUAACUAUUUUGGUUGCUAUGGCAUUUUUAAAUGGACCCAGACUAUUAGACUGGGCGAAUUCACCUCCUCAUCUUCAAUUCAACAAAUACGUCCUGACUGGAUACCGACCAAUAUCUUCUGUCCAAGACUGUAUAAGAAGCCUUUUUUACAUGCACAACGAACUGGGAAACAUAUACACACAUGGUAUCCCUCUGCUCUGCUUCCUGUUCCUCAUCCCGCUCAACUUCCCCUGGUCCCAGAUCAGUGUGACAUGGCUGGGUGUGGUCCACUUCCUGGCCUGCCUGUCCCCCCAGCUGGGCUCUGUGCUCUACCACCUCUUCAUGAACCACGAGGGAGGAGAGCCUGUCUACCACACUCUUCUCACCCUUGACAUGUGUGGCAUCUGUAUGAUCAACACGCUGGGAGCGCUGCCCAUCGUCUACAGCACCCUGCUGUGCUACCCAUUCACCCGCACAGUGGCUCUGCUCGUCUACAUCCUGCUGUCCAGCUACGCUAUCUACUCGGCCAUCACGGCGCGGAGUAGCGUGCGGCGCCUGCGCUCCUUUGCCUGGCAGGCCCUGUUCCGCUUCUCCUUCUUCCUGCUGCGCUGGGUGGGCGUAGGCGGCGGCAGCCCCACCUCGCUGCAACACUUCCUCACCAUGGACGCGCUGGCUGUACUGGGCGGGAUCAUCAACAUCUCGCGCAUCCCAGAGCGCUUCCGCCCGGGCCUCUUUGACUACUGGUGCAACAGCCACCAGAUCAUGCACGUGCUGGUGGUGGGCUCCAUCCUCUACCUGCACUGGGGUGUGCUGGAUGACCUGCUCUGGAUCAACAGCCACCACUGUCCCUCAGACUGAGCCCCACCCUGCCAGGAAGGGGACCAGUGGGGAACAGGGUUUAGGACCUCUGUGGGGGGGCUGUUUCAAUAGGUAAUGCUUGGGAAGGGAAGAUGGGAGGCGUUCAUGAAGACGUGCAUGGAAGGCCAGAUAAAGUGUUUUACAUAAUAGGGAUUGGUGCAGGCUUUGACACAUGUGCAACUAGCAAGAAUGUUCAUACGGUAUCUGUGUCCACCUUGCCAUUAUACAUGCGUUGCUAUUUAUAUUAGGGAAUAUUGGCUCACUGGUCAACACACACACACACACACACACACACACACACAUACACACACAGCAGAGGAUCUGUGAAGAUUACACACAAAGGAGAUUAAGGAUUUGAUAUCAGAAAUACACAUUGAAAUGUCUACCAAAAAAAUCAUGAUAUGCAAGUGAAGUUACACUUGAGCAAUAGUUGAUUUGCUGUUGACUUAUCCUCAUGUGUUAAUUACCAUUUCAACCUAUGUCUUUUAUCAAAGUGGACCUUCAAUGAUGCAUUAAUUCUUUCUGAAGUAUUUUUCAGAUGUCAUUCUAUUGCAACCUAUGCAGCACAUAGCAUAUAAACGUUAGAACAAACACACACACCGCACACACUCACAGCGUAGCAUGCAUACAUGCUAGUAAUGCACAAAGCACUCCCAGACCCGUCACAGAGUCCUAUGGAACUACUUGAGUUACUGUGUAUUAGAGAGGAUAUUCUCCCUCUCAUUAUUUCUUCCAUGUUUGUUUGUCUUUCUCCCUUCUCUCUGGCUUUGUCUGUCUCUCUGUGGUCAGGUAUGGGUUAAGGGUAUGGGUGACUGGGUAUGGGUAACUGGGUAUGGG